UGAUGAAAGAAAGUGCCGAUGGUAGCUUGGGAUUCUUUACAUCAAAGGUGGAUGCAACCUUAUCCCUGUUCAGAUACUGAGCACCUCGAUGUAUUUAGAACAAGUUGUAAGAAUUACUGCAGACGACCAUGAAGACUAAAUGGGAGUCGAGGGCAGCGAUCUGCGAACUUGCUGACAAGGUGAACCGGGUAUUAAAGAGCAACUGAACGUGAUGUUGACUUCCUACUACUUAGGAUGAUAGUACAGAUGAAAUUUCACCCCCAAUUUUGGAAGGGGUGAAAUUUGACGCUAUGGCAGCAAUCAAAAAGGUUCAUAACUUCUUCUAACAAAACCCCAAAACACCACUUCCAGCAAGUUGGUGACCCUUGAAAGAGAUAAAGUGUGGCUUCUGUCACUUGAUGAUGGAUCGAGGGGAUGCGCAAGUACGCCAUGCAGCUGGUUUGAGGCAAUAUCUACAAUUGGUUCAAAAUGGAUAAGUCCAUAUUCUAAAUUUCAGAAAAUGGCGACGGGAGGAGGCUCGUAAGGGUAUACAAUCUCAUUAAAACUAAAAGCUCUGCGGGAACUCCGAGAAUGGGCUUUGUUGGAGUGGCAGAGAUUAGCCUUCAUCUGAGCAGCAGCUCCAGAAGAACGGCUACGAUGGUUUAAUUAGAUUAUUAGUCCAUCAAAAAACGGCAUUCAGAAUGGUUUGGUUGGAGAAUCAAAGGACGACUAGAUGGGGUUUCAAAUCCUUUUUUGCUUUAUUGCUCGGUACCAUGUGUUCGAGUGGGAGAAGUAACGGAACGAAGUGCAUCAGUGACCUUUUAGGCUCCCAACAGUGCCGAAUCAUCCAAGAGGCAACCACGGAAGCUGACGAGUACUUCAAUUAGAAAAUUGCGUAGGGAGAAAUUAUCUAAGAGAUGGAGAAAAAGGCUCACAUUCAUGUGGAAAUCGCACGUCAAACCCAACAUCAAGUUCUGGGAAUGAACAUUUAUCAACUACAAAUUUGCAUUUUCAGCGUGGGAGACGUGCCGGGCCACGGGAGAUGCGGGUGCUGUUAAACACGUUGAAGCGAAGACGUGGGAAACGCUCACUCCCGAAUCUGUCAAAAUCGUCCUAGCGUGUGUGCUCCAAGAAAGGUCCAGAUGGUGAAAUAACGAUGAAGCAGUAAAACAUGUCUAGAACAUGUUUCAAUCAAAUCUCUCCUCAUACGGCUACAUCUUCAGGAUUUUUGUCCCAGUCUUUCAUCUUUGCCGUUCCCAACAUGAAGUCAUCUUUCAAUGCUGACCAGCCAGCCUCUUCCUCUUCUGCAC